AAAUUUGUCAAAGCUUAGUGUAUUAGCUAUAUCCUCUAAUGAACUCACUGGACCAAUCCCAGCUUCCAUAGGCAACUUGGUCCAGUUGGACUCCUUGUUCCUUUAUGAAAAUAAACUCUCUGGGUCCAUAUCUUUUCACCAUUGGAAAUUUGUCAAAGCUUAGUGUAUUAUCUAUAUCCUUUAAUGAACUCACUGGACCAAUCCCAGCUUCCAUAUGCAACUUGGUCAAUUUGGACUACAUUUGCCUUCAUGAAAAUAAACUCUCUGGGUCCAUUCCUUUCACCAUUGAAAAUUUGUCAAAGCUUAGUGAAUUAUUUAUAUCCUUAAAUGAACUCACUGGAUCAAUUCCUUCAACUAUUGGAAAUUUAUCAAAUGUCAGGAAAUUAUUUUUUUUUGGAAAUGAACUUGGUGGCAAGAUUCCAAUAGAAAUGAGCAUGCUUACUGCUCUCAAAAAUUUGCAGCUAGCUGACAAUAAUUUUGUAGGCCAUUUACCUCAAAACAUUUGCAUUGGUGGAACGUUGAAAAAUUUUACCGCUGGUAAUAACAACUUCAUAGGCCCAAUUCCAGUGAGUUUGAAGAAUUGCUCCAGCCUUAUAAGAGUCAGGCUUCAGAGAAACCAGCUAACUGGGGAUAUAACAGAUGCUUUUGGUGUACUUCCAAAUUUGGACCACAUCGAAUUGAGUGACAAUAACUUUUAUGGUCAACUUUCACCUAACUGGGGAAAGUUUCGUAGCCUCACAAGCCUCAUGAUCUCCAACAAUAAUUUAUCAGGUGUGAUACCACCAGAACUAGCUGGGGCAACCAAAUUACAACGACUUCACCUGUCCUCAAACCAUCUUACAGGAAACAUUCCACAUGAUUUAUGUAACUUGCCCUUGUUUGAUCUCUCACUCGACAACAAUAAUCUUACAGGAAACGUUCCCAAAGAAAUAGCAUCAAUGCAGAAACUUCAAAUUUUGAAGCUUGGAUCAAAUAAGUUGUCUGGCUUAAUCCCAAAACAACUAGGAAAUUUACUCAAUUUAUUGAACAUGAGUCUGAGCCAAAAUAAUUUUCAGGGAAAUAUUCCUUCAGAGCUUGGCAAACUGAAAUUUCUUAGGAGUCUUGAUCUUGGUGGAAAUUCAUUGAGAGGAACAAUACCUUCAAUGUUUGGAGAAUUAAAAAGCUUAGAAACACUGAAUCUCUCUCACAAUAAUCUUUCAGGUGAUCUCUCUAGCUUCGAUGAUAUGACGAGCUUGACAUCUAUUGAUAUAUCAUACAACCAGUUUGAGGGUCCACUUCCAAACAUUCUAGCCUUCCACAAUGCUAAAAUUGAAGCAUUGAGAAAUGAUAAAGGCUUGUGUGGCAAUGUCUCUGGCUUGGAGCCUUGCUCAACAUCAAGUGGGAAAUCUCAUAAUCAUAUGAGGAAGAAAGUAAUGAUAGUAAUUUUACCCCUUACUUUGGGCAUUCUAAUACUGGGAUUAUUUGCUUUCGGAGUCUCGUAUCAUUUAUGCCAAACCUCAACGAACAAAGAAGACCAGGCUACAAGUAUACAAACUCCUAACAUAUUUGCAAUAUGGAGUUUUGAUGGCAAAAUGGUAUUCGAGAAUAUUAUUGAAGCCACAGAAGAUUUUGACGACAAACAUCUCAUUGGUGUUGGAGGGCAAGGAUGUGUUUACAAAGCAGUGCUGCCUACAGGUCAAGUUGUUGCUGUGAAGAAACUCCAUUCAGUUCCAAAUGGAGAGAUGCUCAAUCUGAAAGCUUUCACAUGUGAGAUCCAAGCUUUGACAGAAAUUCGACAUCGUAACAUUGUAAAGUUAUAUGGGUUUUGUUCACAUUCACAAUUCUCAUUUUUGGUGUGUGAAUUCCUGGAGAAUGGCUGUGUUGAGAAGACUCUGAAGGAUGAUGGACAAGCAAGGGCAUUUGAUUGGUAUAAGAGGGUGAAUGUCGUUAAAGAUGUAGCAAAUGCUUUGUUCUAUAUGCACCAUGAAUGCUCACCUCGAAUUGUUCAUCGUGAUAUAUCAAGCAAGAAUGUUCUUUUGGAUUCCGAAUAUGUAGCUCAUGUCUCAGACUUUGGAACAGCCAAGUUUCUUAAUCCCGAUUCAUCCAAUUGGACCUCAUUCGUAGGAACCUUUGGAUAUGCUGCUCCAGAACUUGCAUACACAAUGGAGGUGAAUGAGAAAUGUGAUGUGUAUAGUUUUGGGGUCCUAGCAUUGGAAAUACUUAUUGGGAAGCACCCUGGUGAUGUUAUAUCUUCUUUAUUGGGAUCAUCUCCAUCUACCCUUGUGGCCUCAACACUCGAUCACAUGGCAUUGAUGGAUAAGUUGGACCAACGUCUCCCUCAUCCAACAAAGCCAAUUGGUAAGGAAGUGGCAUCAAUUGCAAAGAUAGCAAUGGCCUGCUUGACUGAAAGUCCACGAUCUCGCCCUACCAUGGAGCAGGUUGCCAAUGAGCUGGUAAUGGGAAGCUCAUCUUCAAUGGAUUAGCUCUACAUUGUCACUUAUAUAUAGCUGAAAGAUUGAACUUAAUAAACAUGCUUGAGUUUUAAUUGUUCUUUUCUAUUUUUGUAUUGUAUCUUUUUUUUUUAUAUUGUAGGUAAUUUUAUUGUAGUUUUUUGGGUUUCUGAACUUUAGAUACCUUAACCAAAUUAAUGAUAACAUUUGUAAGCCUUAUUUUUUU